AUGCUAAACCGAGACUGUACGUUACGGUGGAUCCUGCUUUUGCAAGAAUUCGACCUUGAGAUAAGGGACAAGAAAGGGGUAGAGAACGGCGUGGCAGACCACCUUUCUAGGCUGAGAAUUGAUGAAUAUAUCCCCAUAGAUGACCGAUUACCUGAGGAGAAUGUGUAUGUGGUCGUAGCUUUCAUGGACUGUUGUAAGGAGAAGGUCGAUGCCAAGAUUCUUCAACAAAUAGGUAAUGAUUCCCCAUGGUAUGCAAAUUACUUGUGUGCUGCAGAAGAACCUCCGAACUUCACUGGAUACGCUAAGAAAAAGUUCUUACGAGAUGUACGGCGCUACUUCUGGGAUGAACCUUAUCUUUACAAGCAUUGUGCUGACGGCCUCUACAAAAGAUGUGUUCUAGAAUCAAAAGUUCAAGGCAUCCUUUUUCACUGUCAUGGUUCCAACUAUGCAGGACAUUUUGCUGCAUUCAAAACCGCGACAAAACGACGAGGGAACAUAAGUAAGCGGAAUGAGAUGCCACAAAAUUUUAUCUUGGAAAUCGAGGUGUUUGACUUUUGGGGGAUCGACUUCAUGGGGCCUUUCCCACCUUCUUAUGGCAAUCUCUACAUACUUGUGGCAGUGGAUCACGUUUCUAAAUGGGUUGAGGCUUUAACAAGUCUUACCAAUGAUUUGAAAGUGGUCCUCAAGAUGUUCAAGCACAUAAUUUUCCCACGGUUUGGUGUUCCUAGAGUGGUUAUAAGCGAUGGGGGAACUCACUUUAUCAACAAACUCUUUGAGAACCUUUUGAGAAAGCAUGGCGUGACACACAAGGUUGCUACCCCUUAUCAUCCACAAACUAGUGGGCAUGUCGAGAUUUCAAAUCGGGAGAUCAAAAGCAUUCUAGAGAAGACGGUCAACUCAACCAGGAAGGACUGGUCCUUGAAGCUCGAUGAUGCAUUAUGGGCGUAUCGGACCGCUUAUAAAACGCCUAUUGGAACUACCCCUUUAAAGCUGGUUUAUGGGAAGUCAUGUCACUUACCUGUCGAGUUCGAAUACAAUUCCCUAUGGGUGACUAAGCAAAUGAACUUCAACGUCAAGAUGGCAGUAGAUAGACGGCUUAUUUAG